GAAAAGUCAUAUUGUGCUGCUAUCUUCAAAAACCCAAACCCGUCUUGGUUCUUGGUUGUUCUUCUCUCACUGCGUACGCAAGACCAUCAAGAAUCUUGGUUGUUCUUGUGUCAUGUUCAAAGCAAUAGCUACUGCGCAGUUGUUCUUCCGCUGUGUAUGGUGUGAAGUUGAAGGAAUAAACACUACCAGUUGUAGCGUAUAAUUCAUAGAUGCUGAAAUCAGGGCUUAAGUGGUUUUGGGACCGCUUUGGUAGUCGAUCAUCGGGAUCCACUUCCUCUUCUUCUUCUUCAUACGACUCCUCCUCGGACACCAUCCAUAACCAAGACUACAGAUACGAUGUGUUUAUCAGUUUCAGAGGUCCUGACACCCGCAACUCUUUCGUUGAUCAUCUCUGCUCUCAUCUCCUCCGAAAGGGCAUUUUCGUCUUCAAAGAUGACCACAGUCUACAGAAAGGAGAAUCCAUUUCCCCACAGCUUCUACAAGCAAUUCAACUUUCACGCCUUUCUAUCAUUGUCUUUUCCAAAAAUUAUGCUUCUUCCACUUGGUGUUUAGACGAAAUGACCGCUAUAGCUUUUUGCAAACAACAAUCAAGCCAAAUUGUUUUCCCCAUUUUCUAUGAUGUAGAUCCAUCUCAUGUAAGACAUCAGAAUGGGGUAUACGAGAAUGACUUCGUUUCACACAGAUGCAAAUUCCAAAAAGAUCGGGACAAGGUUCGUGGAUGGGAGAGGGCUAUGACGGAUUUGGCCAAUUCAGCUGGUUGGGAUGUGAGGGACAAGCCAGAGUUUGAACAGAUUCAAAGCAUUGUUCAAGCAGUAAUUAAAAAAUUACGUCAUAAGUUUUCAUGGUUUGUGAAUGACCUUAUUGGGAUACAACCACGCGUACAAGAAUUAGAAGACAAAUUAAGAUUAAGGUCAAACAGUGAUGAUGUUCAAGUUUUAGGAAUUUGGGGAAUGAAUGGAAUAGGAAAGACUACUCAUGCAGCUGUCCUAUUUGACAAAAUCUCUCAUAGGUUUGAUGCUUCUUGUUUCAUUGAGGAUGUGAGCAAACUUUAUAGAGAUGGUGGCCAUACUGCUGUUCAAAAGCAAAUUAUUCAUCAAACUUUACGUGAAAACAUAGAUAUGAGUAAUCCUAUUGAAAUAUCAGGGAUUGUAGAAAAUAGGCUACACAGCAUAAAGGUACUCGUAGUUCUGGACAAUGUUGAUGAAUUAGAGCAAUUGGAAAAUUUGGCCAUAAAACCUAAAUUGCUUUUGAAGGGAAGUAGGAUGGUUAUUACAACCACAGAUGAGCAUAUUCUGAAAGCUUAUGAGGGUGAUGUGUUGAUACACAAGCUUCCAUUAUUGAACGAUGCGGAUGCUCGUGAAUUAUUCUGUAGAAAGGCUUUCAAAUGUGAAGAUCAAAGCAGUAAUUGUGCGGCGUUGAUUCCUGAAGUACUCAAAUAUGCCCAAUGUCUUCCACUGGCAAUUAAAGUGUUGGGUUCUUUCUUGUGUACUCGAGAUGCUGAUGAAUGGAGUGAUGUGUUGAAUAGAUUGGAAGAUAGUCCAGAUGACAAAAUUAUGAAUGUACUAGAAAUAAGUGUUGAGGGACUACAACGUGAGGAAAAACAAAUAUUUUUACACAUUGCUUGUUUCUUUAAAGGGGAGAGGGUGGACUAUGUUAAGCGAAUUCUAGAAUGUUGUGGGUUAUACCCUCACAUUGGAAUUUCAAGACUUAUUGAGAAAUCACUCAUCACUAUUAGCGAUGAAGAAAUUCAUAUGCAUGAAUUGUUACAAGAAUUAGGAAAGAAAAUGGUUCGGGACCAAUCUCCGGAGGAACCAGGAUCAUGGAGUAGAAUAUGGCUUCAUAAAAACUUCUUGCAUGCCUUGAGAGCAGAAACGGGAACAGAGAAGGUGAAAGCCAUAGUUUUAAAUAAAAAAGAAGAAAUGUCAGAGUGUAUUGUUGACGGAUUGUCAAGAAUGAAGGGGCUUACAUUACUGAUAUUAUAUCACACAAGAGUUUCAGGAAGGCUUGAGUUUCUUUCAGACAGACUGCAAUAUCUAUUGUGGCAUGAUUAUCCUUUUGCUUCUCUCCCUCCGUACUUUACAGCCUCUGAUAUUGUGGAAUUGAAUAUGCCUAAUAGUCACAUCACACAUUUUUGGGAAGGCCGCAAGAGCUGUCCCAACUUGAAAAGGAUUGAUUUAAGCAACUCCAAGUACCUGAGUGAGACUCCAGAUUUUUCCAGAAUCAUAAAACUUGAAAGGCUAGAUCUUUCUGGAUGUACAAGUUUAUCUUAUGUCCAUUCAUCGAUUGGGCUUCUUAAGAAGCUUGCUUUCUUGAAUUUACGAAAUUGUUGCAAUCUAGUUUCCAUUGACUUUGGCUAUGUAGGCAACAUGAGUUCUCUGAGAGUUCUACAUCUCUCGGGUUGUUCUAAACUUGAAAGCACCCCAGAUUUUACAAGGGCAACACAUCUUGAGUACCUUGACAUGGAUGCAUGUACAAGUUUAUCCACUAUUCAUGAGUCUAUUGGAGUCCUUUCAAGUCUUACUUUCUUGAGUUUAAGAAAAUGCGAAGAGCUUGUCAGUAUACCAUAUGAUAUCAAUUUCUUGGUAUCUCUUCAAACUCUAGAUUUAUACGGUUCUUUUAACCGUAUGGAUCCGAUACCAGGACAAAGUUAUAUGUCCCAUUUGGAAUACCUUGACCGUACGAAUCCGAUACUAAGACAAGCUUUUUCGUCCCAUUUGGUAUCCUUGAUUUUUCUGGACAUAAGUUAUUGCAAUCUAAAAGAAGUACCUGAUACUAUUGGAGAAUUGAGAUGUUUAGAAAGACUGAAUCUAGAGGGAAACAAAUUUGUUUCAAUACCUGAUUCCUUCAGUCAGCUUCAUUGUCUAGCAUAUUUAAACUUGUCUCAUUGUCCUAAUCUUAAAUCUUUGCCUGACCUUCCAAUCGAAGGAGAUAAAUCAGGGGGGAAGUAUUUUAAAACGGUAUCUGGAUCUCGUGAUCAUAGAUCAGGCUUUUAUCUUUUGAAUAGUUCCAAUGUGUCUCAUGAUAGACUUGAGUUCGUCGGACUUGAAGGCUUCUUCCACUUAAUUAAGGAACCCUGUAAUUUUCGGUGUGGCUUUGACCUUGUUCUUCCUUGGGAUAUGGGAUUUCGACCUAUCUUCGGUGAAACAUUCUUACGGAAUUCAAUUAUAAGGAUACUUCGAUGUGGUAUGAAUGACAACUGGAUUGGCUUUGGUUUUUUUGUUAUAUUUAAGCGACUUGGUGGAUAUCUUCCUUAUCACUCUUCAUUUUCUUCAUCUUCACUUUAUCUUUCUUUUGAAAGUGAAUACACAGAAGAGUGCUCUCCACUUUAUCUUUCUUUUGAAAGUGAAUACACAGAAGAGUGCUUUGAUAUGCGACUUAAUUCGAGGAGAGAUCAAACCUAUGGAUCUUUACAUAUUUGGAUAAUUUACAUCAGUCGAGAACACUGUCAUUUUGUAAAAACAGGGGCGCAUAUCACAUUUAAAGCGCAACCAAAUGUUGUGAUCGAAGAAUGGGGGAUGAGACCUAUACUCAAACAAGAUAUAAGUGACAGUAAAGGGCAGAGAUACAUAAAAUUUUCCAAAUUAAAUCAUGAUCAUGUGGACUUUGAGUAUGUAGAAAAAAGCAACACUGGUUCAGGGCCGAAAAUCCAGCUUCCUUACAAUUGGUAUGUCACAGAGGAAGAGGAAGUUGAGAAUAUUGACGCAAAGGUGAAAGAAAAUAAUCUCUCCAAUGCGGGUCUUUAAGUUGUUUCUCAGAGAUAUGAAAAUGGAAGCUCACACAUCUUUCCGGACAUAUGAUUCUUGAAACACUAAAACCAGUCUUCCAAAGAUGUCGGAGGUGAAAGUAAGUUUGUGCAUGUAAAUGUUUAAUUUUUUUGUUGAGUAAGUGGAUUCUUUCAUUUUAAUUUAUUACUAGCUUUGUUAGUGAUGUAAGUAACGAAAUCUACACGUCAUUUAGAUAUUCCUCUUCCCUCUUUAUUUAACUACGAUAGAUUAAAGGUAUGUUUACUGAAACAAAAUAAGUUAGUAAUUAGUUUAUUUCAUUAAAUUUUUUAGUAACAGAAAUAUCUAUUGAGUUAAUGUGAAAGA